GUCAUUCUUUUUACAUGAUGUGGACAUAACCUUAUUAAACGCUCAUAAACAAUUGUUUAUAUUGAGUACAUAAACAAUUCAUCUUAUCCAUAUAUGUUCAAUGGUUGUCAAAAAACUACUUAUCAGUAAUAAAUAAGUGUCUCCACUUUGCUGAACGUUUGCCAAAGAACGCAAUAACACUUUGAGAAGAAAUGGGAACAAAUUGUUUAUUAUUGUCGUUCCGAAAUGGUGUUCGGAAAAUUCUGUUCAACAGGCCCGAAAAACGGAAUGCUUUUAAUGGGGAAAUGUACAAAACAUUGACCAAUACGCUGAACGAUGAUGCUCAAAACGAUAAGAUUGUCGUCACUAUAUUAACUGGCGCUGGGGCAUAUUAUUCAAGUGGGACUGACUUGAACCCGACUGCAGCAAACGGAUCUUUGGAAGACUAUAUGAAGCUGGUGCAAGCAUUUAUUGAUUAUCCGAAACUGCUUAUAGCUGUAGUAAACGGACCUGCCAUUGGAAUAGCAGCAACUACAGCAGUUUUGUGUGAUAUAAUAUAUGCGUCUGAUACUGCUCACUUUGAGACCCCAUUUCUGCGGUUAGGAUUAUGUGCCGAAGGAGCCUCAAGCUACACAUUCCCUAGAACUUUAGGACGAAGCAGAGCUUCAGAGAUAUUAUUUCUAAGCAAGAAAAUGUCCGCAAAAGAGGCUUGCGAUGUGGGAUUGAUAUCCAGAGUUAUACCACAUAAUCAACUGGACAGUUUUAUCGACGGCCUUUAUGAGUAUGGGUCGUUGCCACUUAAUGCCGUAAAAAUCAAUAAGAAAUUGAUUAUGCAUGAACUGAAGGGCAUUUUAACUCGGGCAAACAUCAGGGAAUUUGAAUCAUUGGAAACAUGCAUUGGCUCUGAAGAAUUUGUCAAUGCUCUUAUGAGUUUUAUGCAAAAGAAGAAGAGUAAGUUGUAACUAUAUAUAGGUAUAAUUAGGUCUUGUAUGUUACAACAUGGAAACAAAACCGCCUUGUCCAUUUCUUAAUGUGUUUAACCUCAUAUUAUAUAUCAUUAUGAUCUACAUUGAUCAAUAUUAAAUGCAUUAUUUGAAUAAAUAGAUGAAUUUCAGUGGUAUCUUCACGCGACCGGAAGGACUUAAAUACAUAUUUGUUAACUGAAAUAAAAUACAUAAUAGAGGCAUAAA